UCUGCGCAUGUACCGGGCCGGUAUAUUGACUGAAGAAUCUUCCUAAGUAAACGUCGGAAAUCCUGUGACAUAUCGACAUUUCUAAGAUUCAUAACAGCUGUCAUAGUCGCUAAAUAUUUCCAAAAUGGCUAAUGUGUUGGAACAAAUGAAGGGCUUCACCACUAUUGUGGCAGACACGGGCGACUUUGAAGCUAUCGGAAAAUACAAGCCAACAGAUGCCACUACAAACCCUUCCCUCAUUUAUGCAGCCUCAAAGAUGGAUGCCUAUCAGAGUCUUGUUGAAGAAGCGAUAAGUAAUGCCAGGGACCAGGGAGGAUCAGUGCAAGACCAAUUAACCAACGCAGUGGAUAAUGUCUAUGUCAAAUUCGGAUGUGAAAUUCUGAAGAUUAUUCCUGGCCGAGUGUCUACAGAGGUUGAUGCAAGAAUGUCAUUUGAUAAGGAUGCCAUGAUUGCCAAGGCACUGAAAUUGAUAGAAUUAUACGAGGAAGAAGGUAUUAGCAAAGAAAGAAUUCUCAUCAAACUUUCCUCUACCUGGGAGGGAGUUGAGGCUGCCAGGGUUUUGGAAUCUCAACAUGGCAUUCAUUGUAACAUGACCCUUUUGUUCAACUUUCAUCAGGCAGUUGCAUGCGCGGAAGCAAACGUGACAUUGAUCUCCCCUUUUGUUGGUCGUAUCUUUGACUGGUAUGUCAAAAAUACUGACCAAAAGACAUAUUCCAUGCUUGAAGACCCAGGAGUGGAAAGUGUGACAAAGAUCUACAACUACUACAAGAAGUUUGGUUACAAGACGGUAGUGAUGGGUGCUUCCUUCCGUAACACUGACCAGAUUAAGGGACUCGCAGGCUGUGAUCUACUUACCAUUUCACCUUCCUUGCUACAGAAACUCAAAGACUCAUCUGAUGGGGUUGCUCAGCAAUUGUCAGAAAAAAGAGCAAAAUUAGAAGACAUUGAGAAGGUAGAAGUGAACGAAAACAUUUUCCGUUUUGAAAUGAAUGAGGAUGCCAUGGCAACAGAAAAACUUGCUGAAGGUAUCCGGAAAUUUGCAGCUGAUUCCGUCAAAUUGGAAACAGAAUUCAGGAAAAGGUUGCAGCAGUAAAUUUGGACAUCAGUAGAUUCAACAAGACAUACCUUUUUGAUAUCAUCAUCAAAGGAUUAAAAUUCUUAAAGUUCUUAAUCGGAUAUUCAGUUAAUCAUAUCCAUAUAGUAUUAUAGUUAACUGUAUCAUGCAAAACUUCCUAUGGUCUUAAUUCUUGUAUUUGGAAGCAUUAUCAUCAUGAAGAGAGAGAAAGAAAACAACUGUACAUCACAUGUGACUGUAAGGAAGUAGUUAGCACUAAAAGCUCGUUUAUAGCUACUUGUUUGUAUCAGGAUAUUUUUAUUCUUAAGAUAUUCUAAAAGGAGUCUCAUCUGAAUUUUAUUCUCAUCCUUGAACAAGAGUAUUAAUAUUGUAAAUUUAUAUCGAGCAAGAUGACACAAUCAAUACAAAAAGUACACGAUUACCAAACCAUACAAUCGCUAAAAUGUAGAAUUCCGUUUACGUUAUGGUGUACAUUUGAUUGAUGUUGAGGAUGUAAGUUAGCUAGGUUGUUCUUAAUGUCUUUUAUAUACCAUUAUCUGUCUGGCAGUGCUAGAAGUGCUUUGAUCUUUGAUGCAUUAUAAUGUCACUAAUUAUUACAAAUAUGUACAUAUGACUAGAUACCUAGGUAAAUAAUAUGAAUCUAUAUAUAGAUUGGUUAUAAAUCUGACAAUGUGAUAUAAAAAUGUUUAUUGUCUUCAAAGUGCCUUUGAGUAACUGUAUAACAUACUUCCACCGUUUGUUUGUAUAAUUAGUGUUUCAUGCCUCAAUAAACCUCAGACACUGCCUUUCAUCCAUGUGUGGAUAUAUACAUUGAUAUUGAAACCUUGUGGAGCAUUUCUAGAAAAAAUCCUUGUGUGCAUUUAAUGAUGAAGGUAAUUUAUUGGAAGUUAAUUGCCUGAACCUAAACUCUGACUUUUGACUGGUGUAUCGCUCAAAGACAAGACUGUACAUUAUGCAUGUACAAACCGCAGCAACAUGCUGCAGUAUUUUUUGUCUUUUGACCAUUUUACUAAUUACUGAUCAGAAACACAGUGGAUAUUGUCAUAACCACUGUACUAGGCCUAUGUGUGAACACCUUAAUAAAUCACAAGGUCUAAUCAGCUGUAUACAUGUAUUAUAUAGUUCACAUUGGUUUGAAUAUUCUGUAGUCUUAAAAUUGUAACAUUCUAAAAUAUCAGAUCAUUUGGAGCUCAGCUUGAACAAACUUUACUAUUUAAUAUAUUACUUUUCUGCAACAGUUUUGUGAUAACAAUUUUAUAUUUAGUGACAAAUUUAUUCCUCUUCAUUAGAAGCCAUAUCUAGUAGAUCUCUUUCAAUCUAGUUAUCGUCUAUCAGCUUGAGUUAAGAUGUUUUUAUAUCUCAAGCAAGACAUUCCAUAAAAGGAAAUUGAAUUUAAAGAAAAGCUGUUAGCUUAAAAUACAACAUUAGAGCAAUGCUAGCCAGGCUAAUCUGUAUUUAUAUAUAUAGUGAAAUCUUAUUUUGACUUGAGAUGAAUUGUUGUAUGCCCUCUAGGAUUCAUCUGCAGUUUGUAGUAACUACGUCACUUUAAAUUUAUUUAAUCAGAUUUAUAUAAUGAUUUAUACUUAAAUGUUCAUUGGUGUCCAAUACCAGGACCCCAAUUUUACUAUCUAUUAGUAUCAUCUAUUAAAUUUUGUGUCCUCUCUGUUACAAUUGUCUCAGUUUUAACAUUGCCUAAUUAAAUAUAUCAAAUUUUGUAAUUUCCAAAAUACAAUGGUCACAUUGAACCUGUGUUGUAAGCAUACUUAUAAUUUUAUUUUCAAUUAGAAAUCCAAGAUUCUGGAGAGACAUUUAAUAGUGUGAAUAUAUUUUCAUGAUUCAUGUAUCAUUAUAAAUAAGUAUGUAGUUGGUACAAAAUGUUCAUUGUACCAUUGUGGUGAUUCAUGGUGUUAAUUUAAUUUUAAGGUAAAUUAUGAACAUUCUACACAAUGUAUACUUUAAAUAUAUAUAUAUAUACCUUUGUGUUUGUAUCAGAAAGAAUCAUGAACAUUUGUCACAUAAUGACUUUAAUAACAUUUGAAAUAAUUAUGUAAUAUAAAGGUGAUAUUAAUUGCA